GAUAGACGUAACACUCACGUAAUAUCGGUGAGGCUCUUCGACCGUGUCAACAUUCUUUGUCCAUCACCAUCACAGUAUUCGUCAGUGCCUUAUGAAUAUACAAAACUAUAUGCAGUUUCAUCAGACGGUUAUGACGUAUGUGAAUUACAAGAUGAGAAACCAGUUGGUGUUUGUCAAGAUCCGUUUCGACAGUCAACAAUAAGUAUUACAUUCAGAAAUUUUUCGCCAUUACCUGGAGCACUAGAAUUUAAGCCGGGCAAAAGCUAUUAUGUUAUAUCAACGUCUAAUGGAACUAAGGAAGGAAUUGAUAACCGUUUCGGCGGUUUAUGCGAAAAUAAGCAUAUGAAACUGAAGUUUGAAGUUCAUUCUGGUAUGUUUAGAAUUAAAAGCAAGACAGCGAGUAGUUCUAUGUCGACUCCUCUGUUGUACAUAAUUCAUACAAGCGAUUCUAAUUCGGACAAUUAUUUUGCUCAAGGUAGCAUAAACUAUGUUAUGGCAUUUAAAUUCCCAGAGAAGCACUAA